CCGAUAAGAUUUCAUUGCGCCCUUAUCUCCGUAUGUAUUUGCUGACGGCAGUUGAUUCAAAAUGGUAAUCGGCCGUAAGUUAUCUUCGAUCAGAAAUGGCGGGCGAGGUAGGGUUUUUUAGUUUCUGAUUCUUCUACUCUAUUUCCAUUUUCACUUCAGUCUUUCAUCACUUUCCGCAAACCCAAUAUUCGUAUGUAUGAAUGUCAAAUAGCAACUGACCAAUCCUUGACGAAUUAUAUAAUACAUUGACCAAUUCUACUCGCUAUGGAAACUAGCAAUGGACAAAACACCGGUAUCAUGUGGUUUUUCAAGGAUAGAGGGUUUGACGAUAAGAGCAUUUCUGAUAUGUUCAAAAAAUGCAAGCGUCUCGAUGGUAUGGAAAGGGAAAGAGCCUCUGAAAACUGGGAUUAUCUCAAAAGCAUUGGCAUACAGGAGAGAAAACUCUCUUCUGUUGUUACAAAAUGCCCUAAAAUUCUUACACUUGGUUUGGAAGACAAGAUAAUACCCAUGGUUAAUUGCCUUUCUACUUUGAGUACAAAGUCUAAUCAGGUUGCUUCAGCCAUUACCAAAUUUCCUCACAUACUUAACCAUGGUGUUGAGCAGAAGCUCUGUCCACUCCUUGCUUUCUUUCAGGGGCUUGGGAUUCCAGACAAGCAAAUUGGUAAAAUGUUAUUAUUCAAUCCUAGAAUUAUUAGUUAUAGCAUUGAAUCAAAGCUUUCUGUACUGGUUGAUCUUCUUGAUAAUCUUGGCAUUGACAAAGAAGGCAUGAUUGGUAGAAUUUUGGUGAAGAAUCCACACUUAAUGGGUUACAAUGUUGAGAAAAGACUUCGACCCACUUUAGAUUUUCUGAAAUCAAUAGGGUUGACAGAAGGAAACAUUCAGAAUGUUGCAAUCAACUUUCCUGAGAUUUUAAGUAGAGAUGUUGAUAAGACUCUGAAGCCGAAUUAUAGUUAUCUAAAGGGUCGUGGGUUUGACAGUGGCCAAAUAGCAGCUCUAGUGUCUGGGUACCCCCCUAUUUUGAUCAAGAGUAUCAACAAUUCAUUAGAACCGAAGAUCAAGUUUCUUGUGGACGUAAUGGGAAGAAGGAUUGAAGAAGUAACUGAUUACCCGGAUUAUUUCAGGCAUAGCUUUAAGAAGAAGGUGGAAUCGAGGCAGAAAUUCUUGAACAAAAGGAAUAUAAGCUGUACCCUUUGUGAGAUGCUUGACUGUAAUCAGAAGAGGUUCUUAUUGAAGUUCGGUUCCACCUGAUCCACUUUCCUUAGCUUUAGCUUUUGUAACGAUGAUUUGAGAUUUCUGUUUCAUUUAUAACUUUGAGAAUGUUGUUGAUAGAGCUUUCUUUGUGUCUGUGGGUGGUGCUGUCUGAGAAUAUAGACAGUAUUCAUUUGCUUAACACAUGAUGUAUCUUAACCUUAAUUGUCUAAACUUUUGCUCAAGUUUUGUCUUCUAAAACUGCUCAGCUUGCUUGCUU